AUGGGUCCUGUGAUCUUGAGCUUCUUUGGAGAGGAAGCAUCACGUAUAUUCCGUUCCGCUCGUGUCUCAACCUUCGCACCUGCACCGCAAAUACUCGCAACCCUGCACAAGCUCUUCGCGCGGACCGAAAAUAUAGCCAUAUGGCGGGAACGGCUACUCGAAAGGCGUCAGCAACUUGGUGAGACUGUGGACGCAUACGUCUGGGCUCUGAGAUCGAUCGCUUCGAAAGCAUUCUCGGGGUCCGGCGUGGAGGAGAUCGAGCUGGCUGUCUGCCAACAGUUCUGCCGCGGGGUAAACAACGUGCCAUUGAAGAAUAAAUUCUUGACGAAGCCCCCGGUCGACCUGGAUGCAGCCGUGACAAAGGCCAGAGGACUCGAGGCGGUAGAGCAUUUGUCGACGGAAGUGGGCAGCAUGCUCGCGUCGUACAACGCAUCCGCGGCACCUCCAGAAGCGACCACGAAUGAAGCAGUGCCAGUGGCCAAUACGUCUGCUUACUGUACAUAGAAGGUAUCAACAUCGCAGUUUGCUCAAGAACUACGUCAGAAGCUGCACACUGCCUUCGACUCGGCCAAUCGUGUAAACCACCAGGCACAUCUGCGGCAGAAACAGCAUUACGAUCGGAGUGUGAACGGACCUUCAUAUGCCAAAGGGGAUAAGGUUUGGCUGCACCGACCCAAGCCCCCGGUGGGCACCUGGUCAAAGUUUCACCGUCCAUGGAAGGGACCGUACGAAAUUGUAUUUAUACGCUCCCCGAUGAUGUACGUCAUCCAAGACAUAUCGUCCGCCACUGCUAAUGUGUUGACGGUGCACUACUAUCAACUGAAGCCUGCCGGGCACCCACGACUGUCCGAACCACCGCAGCUCGUACCUCCAGGAUGUGUCCUAGUAGUAGAACGUACAGAAGAAGUACCCCGGGGUGGGGUGGGGCNCCCUCGAAACUGUAACGGGGCAUUUGAACAGUCCGCGUGUAAUUUCAUCUUCCUGUUGCUCUAUUUACAGACAUGCACAGACCAGGAAGAUAUUCAAGAACACCAGGACGCGGGUCCUAUCCCCGACAACACCAAACCGACCGAAUGUUUUACUGAUUGUUCCCCUCCCUUGGUUAUGUACACUUAUUGCUUCGCUUGCUUCGUGACGAUAUACGUGUUUUCCGGUGUCUCUGUCUUUUUACCACGAUUCCGCAUCCGAGUGCGUGCCUUGAGCGGGUCCAUAUUGACUCCCCGUGUUUCGUUACAGCGAGCUUCCGAGGUUACCGGUUUCACGCAAUAG